AGGAGGAAAAACGGUUAGUUGGAUAAAAGCGUCCUUUAUAUCAAGUAGAGAAAAAAGAAAAAUAACACGAAGAGUGAAGAAUCAUGGAGGUAUAGGGUACAUUAAAACAAACGUCUGCAGGCAUCGUUUCUGUCUGCUGCUCCCACAUCCUGUGAUAUGUUGCCUCCCAGGACCUUCCUUCAAUCCUACUGUGAAGAAUUAACUUCCUUUAUCAUGGGGAGGAUAACUAAUCCAUCUCAACACAAAAGUAGUGCAAUAGUAGCGCACCGGUUUCAGUAAUUACUUUGCAAUGGCGGAGCAAGACAGGAAAGGGAGUCUUUCUUGCAGACAAAGUGCCCAAAAUGUCCAGUCUGAAGAAGAGCCCAGAUUUAAAUGUAACGAAUGUGGGCGUGGCUACAGACAUGCUGGGAGCCUAAGCAACCACAGAAGGACUCAUGAAGUGGGUUUGUUUCAGUGUAGCAUAUGUGGGAAAGAAAACUGGAACGUAUCAGCCAUGAAGAAUCACCUUCGAAGCCACAGUUCGUUUAAAAAGCAUUCCUGUGCAGAUUGUGGAAAGUCUUUCCGUUUGGCAACUCAGCUACUCAAACAUGAGAGGGUUCAUCUUGCCCAAAGAUCAGAGGAUCAUUCAUAUAGGAAUACAUGGGAGGAAAAGUCCACACAUGAAAGUGAAAGUGAUCAGCAGCCUCAACUUAAUGAGCACUCAGAUGCUGUUGGGAUUUCUAUAAAAAAUAUGCCAGAGGGUGUUUAUAAUUCUCAGUCUGAAAGCUGUAACGAUGCAGUGAACAGACCCUUUUGUUGUAAUCUAUGCAACAGGUCAUACAUACACCAGAGAAGCCUGAUCAAUCAUAACAAGACUCACCAACUGGGAAUAUUUGAAUGCACCGUGUGCUUUAAGCUGUGCACCAAUAUGGGCGCCCUCUACAACCAUCAGAGGACUCACAAGGCACAAGGAGAAAGAGAUCGAACUUUGACAGCUGGACCUUUGACAAACAAGACACUGGACCAGUUCCUUCCUCACAGCCAGGACGCCCCAGAAAAUUUUUGCCAAUUGUGUCAUACACUUUUCCCCAAUAAUAUGGAAUUUCAGGAGCACAUCCAAAUGCACAAAACCUCUUCUCAGUCAUUACCAGAGCAUAUGGAAAUUUACAAACCCAGUAUGGCUUCACCUGAGUCUCCUGUAGAAAAUGCACCUCCUUUGUCACUUACAGAACAUCCCAGUGGCUUUAAUCAAGCACUAAACAAUACAACUAACAGUCAUGAUAAAGAACCACCUAUCAUUGGCCCUCAGGGAGGCCCCUCAGUAAUCGAAACAAGCGGUGUGCCAUCACAAAACACCAACAGCACAGCUAAAACUGAAGAAAACCCAGCUGCAGGUUCCGAGGAGCGACCCUUCAAAUGUCACACCUGUGGUAAAAGUUACAGGCAUUCUGGGAGUCUCAUCAAUCACAAAAGAUCCCAUCAGGUGGGGGUUUACACAUGUUCUGUUUGCUGUAAGAACUAUCCUCACCUGGCUGCUCUGAAAAGUCAUCUCCGUCUUCACAGAAAUCAGCGGCCAUCUUUCCACCACCAAGCAGAGCAGGACUGGCUCUCCCCAGAACCUCUGACUCCGGAUAGGCAGCAGGGUUGCUUUUACUCCCUAAAUGAGCCAAAAAGGCCAGUUUUUAGUAUAGAUCAGGAGAAGCUGGCUGACUACAGUGGAGCGAUCUGCGAGGAGCAGUCCAAUCAGGACAUAGCAUGUCUACCUCCCCCCACGCCGAGGCACAUGUGUGCAGAUUGUGGAGAGACGUUUGCAGACGUAGCAGACAUCAGGACUCACAGCUGCCCAUUCAGAUCUGCUGCUGUUCAUCAUGUAGAUGCUUUAAACCAACGCACUUCUGAAAAUCCAGAGAUAAACUUGGAGUUUGAUGGCAGUCACAGCCACUUGGAACAGGAAAACAUAAGCACCGCUCUUCUGAACGGAAACAGAAAAGAUGAUUAUGUUGAUGAAGAUGAUGAUGGAGAUCAGUAUCAGUGCUCAGUGUGUGGAAACAGCUAUAGCACCAUGACGGAUCUCAGGAGCCAUCUGCAAGGGCACAGGCUUUCCUGUGAUGCUCCUCAAAGCUCAAAUGAAGAGACGAAAGAUGAUGAGCUGGGAGAGAUGACAAUCUGUAGUGCAUGUGGGGAAACUUUACUCAGCAGGCAGGAUUUCAUCACUCAUCACCUUUUACACAUGAAGGGUCAGGCAGACUUUCUGGAGGAUUUGACUGUGAAGAGUAGCAUUUUAGAAAGUAAAGAGGAAGCAUGCAUCAUCUGCAGCAGCUGUGGCAUCUCCUGCAGUAACUACCAUCAUCUAAACAGCCAUGGCUGCGCAGCAGCUAAAACAGAGGAGUCGGCGAGCUGUAAGGAGGAGAUUAAAGUGGAGGACAGUUCCCAGCAAGAAGAGGCAAAUCUCACCAUAGAGACCGGCGGCGACGAUGAUCGUCAGUUUAAAUGUGACCAGUGUGGGCGCUCAUACAGGCACGCCGGCUCCCUGCUCAACCAUAAAAAGUCCCACAAAACUGGAGUAUUCAGAUGUGUCAUCUGUCUGAAACGCUUCUACAACCUGCUGGCGCUUAAAAACCAUCAGAGGUCCCACUUUGACAUCAAGAGGCAUGCCUGUCAUGAGUGUGGGAAAGCCUUUAAAAUCCAGAAGCAGCUCCUGAACCACCUGAGAAGGCAUAAAGAGAACCAAGGCGAGAUCCAGGACCUCAGCAGUCAGACCCAGGCACUCAUGCCAAGUAAUGGCAGCAGAGCAGAUGAAAGAAUGCCAGCUUCAGACCCGGAUCAGGAUCAGAAAGCUGAAGAUCAGAUGCGGCAGACGGAGGGGCAGGCAGAAAAAGGAAAAGAUGAGAAUGACAAGCGACCUUAUUCUUGCGACCAGUGUGGUCGAACGUAUCGCCACGCUGGAAGUUUGGUCAAUCACAGAAACUCCCAUAAAACAGGCGAAUAUUACUGUUCGAUUUGCACAAACACGUACUCCAACCAGUUAGCCAUGAAGAACCACUUGCGGAGCCACUUUGCAUCUAAGAAGCACUUAUGCCAGAAGUGUGGAAAAGGGUUUAGAGUAAAGAAGCAGCUAUUGACUCAUGUCUGCGCUGAGUUUAGAAAGAAAGGGGCUUUAGGCAGAACAGGCCGCAGAUGCAGAAACUUUACAUGCAAGACGUGUAAGAAGGCCUUCCUGUCUGUUAGCCAGCUGAUGGCUCAUGCUUGUGAUGGGUCAUCAGAUGACAGGGAUUCAGAACAAAACGCCUCUCCCGGUGAAGAGGAGCGUCCUUUCAGAUGCAACGUAUGCCAUCGCACAUACCGUCACGCCGGCUCGCUGCUGAACCACAAAAACACACACAAGACGGGACAUUUCAGCUGCACCUUUUGCUCCAAGCCCUUCACCAACCUGAUGGCUUUACGCAGUCACACAAGAAUCCACACUCAGAAGAAAAAGUAUGCUUGUCUCACAUGUGGGAAGGCCUUCCGCCUCGCCAGCGUCCUCCAGAACCACCAGCGGGUCCACAGUCGGGCGCUGAGUCACUUCAGCUGUGCUUCAUGUGGCAAGAGCUUCCAGGGCAGCUUUGGCCAGAGGACACAUCGCUGUCACAGAGGUCAGGGGGUCAACAGGCCUUCUGGAGUCCAGGAGCCCAAGAGCUUCAUGUGUGACCUGUGCGGGCGCUCCUACCGCCACGCCGGAUCCCUCCUCAAUCACAAGAAGUCCCACUCUGAAGAUCUUUAUCCAUGUACUUUGUGUCUGCAGACAUUCCCCGACCCUCUCAGUCUGCAGUUACACUCCCAGGUGAGGCGCCAAUGUUGCCCCGAAUGUGGAAAAACCUUUUGUGUGUCGGCACACCUGCAGAGCCACAUGAAGGUGCAUUUCAAGAACCGGCCUGUGGUCUGCAGCCUGUGUCUGCAGAGCUUUCCCAACACAGCCAGCUACCAGGAGCAUCAUACCCUGCACCAUGCAGCUCAGGGCUCCCAUCAACAGGAUAUGGAGGAUCCAGCUGAGAGCAACAUCUACUCACACUCAGGAUUAAACCAGUCCAUGGAAACAGUUCUGCCCCGUUUGGAGGAUAAUCCAGACAACACUGACCUGCAGACUGGGGAAUCCUCUCUCUCAGAGGAUAAAAGCCAUGUAUGUGAGCACUGCGGUCGCACCUACCGCCACCCUGGCUCGCUGCUCAACCACAAAAACAGCCACAAGACGGGCUGCUUCUUUUGCUCAGUAUGCCAUAAGAAGUUCACCAACCUGAUGGCUCUGAAAAACCACCGACGUAUUCACACAGAGCCCAAACGCUACCAGUGCCUGACAUGUGGAAAGGCGUUCCGCGUGUCCACCCAGCUCCUCUGUCACCAGAGAAUACACACUAAAGAGAAGCCCUUCACCUGCCUGCUGUGCAGCAAAAGCUUCUCUAGCAAAUCCAACCUGAGGAGCCAUCAGAAGAUGCACCAGAAUGUCCCACACGGCGAGGCUGAUGCAUUCAAAGACCUGGAUUUAGGGUCUCCCCUAUGAAAGAGUGUACAUAGAGGAGAUAUUUAUCCUACUAACAAUAACGUAAAGCAGUGUCCCUUGAUCUAUUUCAAAGGUCCAGAUUUUUGUAAAGGGGUGGUUCAAUAUUUUUGGAUUAAGCUCCCGUUGUAAAAUUUUAAGCAGCUAGUCUUUCUUAUUUUCAUUCAUUAUAAAUCCAGAUUAAUAAAUCCUGGAGGCUAAAGCUGACAGCUAGCCAGAGUUGGUCCAAGACGUAAAAACCAUUUGGUUGUUUUUGUGGCUUCAAUGAAAGCUGUCCCACCCUCAGAUGUUCCCAGAUUAUUUUCACAGGAAAUAAGAGUAGGAAGCUACGCAUCACUAAUUAUCUUCCUGUGUGAAACACGUGCUGAGAACAGAACCUGUGAGGCAUCUCCAGUCCAAGGAUAUCUGCCAUAAACUAUAGUUUAUAGUGUUUUUCAUUCAUUUUUAACUCUUCUUUUUUACAUAGUGGUAGAAAAUGGUGAUUGGUGUGAAUAAGCUGCUAGUUGGCAUUCGUCUGAAUGGCCUCAAACACAUCUGGCUGGGAUCCCUUCAGCUGAAACUUUCUUGAACCCAUUACCCUAAAGUCCUUGACAUAAUAAACAGGACACAAGAGUUCUUAGCAAAAGUUUAUUAGUUAAAAUUUAAGCAGCUGGUUUUAAAAUAUUCCUUUUAUGAUCAGAACAGUCAAAUCUUUGUCUUAUUCCUAUUAACCAUAUAUUUGUUGCAGUAUCUUUUCUAAAAUUGGAUAACAGUUGUGCAUUACAUUAGCUUCAGCCUCCAGCAUCAGCUUAUCUGUCGAUGCCAAACAAACGAAAAGUAAUUUCCUACUUUAGGUUAGAUAGCUGCUUUAAACCUUUUGAAAUAUAUUCUAUAAACGUAGUUUAUAAAACAUCCUGAACAAUUCCUUUAAACGUUGCAGGUCUUACCUCUGUAGAGAUGUGAUGAUGUGUCAAUUUCUCAUCUAAAACACUUUGAAUGUUUUCUAUUUAAUCUGCUGCACCAUGCUGACAUCAGAAUGUCUGACUCUAACAUUAAGCUUUUAAAAACUGUAAUUAACUCUUGUGCCUCUACGAUCAAAAGGAAAGUAAAACCUCUAAAAAAAACUACAUUUAGAGCCAGCCUAACUCAAAUACCUCCUGGGCUUGUAUGUUAAACAGAAGUCCUGAACUACUAUCUGUACUUAUAGUAAGAACUAAAUAGUCAUGUGUUCUGUGAGUUGGAUUUACCUGAGAGCUUUUGCAUUGCUAUGUAUAUUUUACAUAACCUUUAAAUCAUCAGUGAAUCUGCUUCUGUUUAGGUUUCAGUUGCAUGAGUCUGGUUGGUUUUAUCCAGAAUGAACCAUCAAAGGGAGCAAACCUGGUGUGUAGAGCUGGCUGCUGGUAAAGACGUAUAAAAAGCCUUAAAAGGCAGCUGGCAUUGCAGCUUUAUGAUCUCUUAGAGGGAAAAUCCAGUAUUAAAUAUAUUACAUGUAUUUACUCAGCAGAGGCUGAUGGUGGAGCAGACCGCGGCUUUGCAGCAAGAAGGUCUUUAUUUGCUUAUUUCUUCUAUGUUCUCCCUCCGGUACUUCGGAUUCCCCUCAAAGUUCAUGGGUGUUGGACAAAUGGGUCUCACUGAAUAUUUAGUGCCCCUUUGCAAGUAGAACCAAUCUCCAUAUAUACUGUAUAAGCUGCUGUCCCUUUCCUGUGCUCUUUAUUCUUCUGCUCAAAUAGAUACAGAGCCCCUAAAGGGACAUGGAGGGGAAAAAAAGU